GGCAGAACAGGUGCAGAGCAGAACUACACGGUUCAUGUUGUGUUGGUGUAUUUUAAACAUCGAUAUAUAAAUCGUGAGAAUAGUUUUUGUUUUACAUUUAUAUCUGAAUCUUUGCAGUUACUGAUAGAAAAUAACGGCAGUAAACUAGCGGGUCUACUACGCAUACAGAAGUGCAUUUUGGAUCUUUAUCCCAGCAGCGCCGAAAGCCUCCAUCCAUCCAGCACUAAACCAAUCUAAAGGAAUCUGGCUAUCCGACCUGAAGUGUGCAUCAGACGGUCGUCAAUAGGUGACAGCAUCGGACUAUUGGGACUUCAUAUCAUGGCAGAACAUCUGUCCCAGAGCGAACUGGACUACCCCUUUAAACUGCUGGAGUAUUUCAAUGGAUUCAGAGUCUCAAAGGUUAUCUUCUCAGCCUGUGAGUUGGGGGUGUUUGACCUCCUGCUACUGUCCCAGAAGCCCCUGUCUGCAGAGCGCGUUGCCCAGGAGCUGGGCGCCAGCGUGGACGGGAUAGAACGCCUUCUGGACGUACUGGUGGGAGUCAACAUCCUGGAGGUGGAGCAGAUAGACGGGACAGCGUGUUACAGCAGUACUGAUGUUGCCAACCUCUACCUGGCCAAAGGCAGCGCUAAGUCUCUUCAUGACAUGAUCAUCUACCAAUCACAGACCAUCUACCCUCUGUGGAACAACAUGGUGCACGCUGUCAGAGAGGGGAAAAACCAAAAUGAAAAAACCUUUGGCAUCUCACCUGAAGACAUCUUCCAAACCAUCUACAGGUAG